AUGAUGAAGGACUUGAUGUCUCGUAAGUUUGACUUCCAAGACUUGGCAACUGUCACAUUGACACAGACUUGUAGUGUUGUUGUGUCAAGACCUAUAGUUGAGAAGUUAUACGACCCUGGAAGCUUCACAAUUCCAUGCACCAUAGGUAUCUAUGCAUUUGCCAAAGCAUUGUGUGAUUUGGGAGCAAGUAUAAAUCUGAUGCUAUUGUCUAUCUAUAAAAAGUUAGGCAUUGGAAGAGCAAGGCCCACAUCCAUGUUAUUGCAACUAGCUAACCGAAUGGUGAAAAGGCCAUCAGGUAUACUUGACGAUGUAUUUGUGCAAUUUGGAAGAUUUGUGUUUCUAAUAGAUUUUGGCAUUCUGUACUGCAAGGUUGAUGAUGAGAUUCCUAUAAUUUUGGGAAGGCCGUUCUUGGCCACAGGGAGAGACUUAAUUGAUUGUGAAAUGGGGGAGCUAAAGAUGAGGCUGAAUAAUGAAGAAAUAACAUUUAAUGUGCAAACGUCUAUGCGCCGACCCAGCGAAUUUGCAAAUUGCUCUUUGUUAGACAUGGUGGAUAUAAUCAUGGAGGAAGAUGAUGAGGCACUUAAUGCAAAAGACCAUCUACAACCUGCCUUAUGA